ACAUGUCAAAUGAAUGGAUGCCAUCAUGCUCGUUCCAUCUUGGGAAACGUAGUCCACAGGCUCAACUAACACCAAGGUCCAAACUGGGAAGGGUGAGGGAAUAAAUCGAUCUUAGCGUUAGAACAAAAGAACAAAGAACCAGUUCCUGUGCCUCGCGAUGUUUCAGCUACGCAGUGCGCGAAUUCAGCAGCUUUGGUCGUGCCGUUGCAUGCUGGGAACGGCGAUUCGCAUGACUAGCCACGUCAACACAAGAUGACGGAACUCACGUUGUACGUUCAGGUCGGGUCCAGGCCGCGCCGGAGCCUUAGCGAACCACAUUGCCAACCGUGCCGCGCUGCAUUAGCCCUUAGGCUUGCGCAAUGGGCAUUCGGGUCAACUAAGGGCACAAACUGAAGUCCUACGAUUUCUUUCCCUUUUCCGCUCUCGCCAAGGCUCGGGCUGUUAACAGACCAGCCUCCUUCCUCCCACUCUGAAAGCUAAGCUUACUGUUGGCAGGUCCCUGGGCAAACAGAGUGCGUGAGAUGGGACGGACAUCAAAGGACAAGCGGGAUGUCUACUACCGCCUGGCCAAGGAGAAUGGCUGGCGUGCCCGCAGUGCUUUCAAGCUACUACAACUGGAUGAGGAAUUCCAACUCUUCCAAGGCGUGACGCGGGCCGUUGACCUGUGUGCGGCCCCAGGCAGCUGGAGCCAGGUGCUGAGCCAGAAAAUUGAGGGUGGACACGUGGUGGCCGUGGACCUGCAGGCUAUGGCUCCGUUGCCAGGUGUGUUACAGAUCCAGGGGGACAUCACCCAGCUAUCUACUGCCAAGGAGAUCAUUCAGCACUUUGACGGCUGCCCUGCAGACCUAGUGGUGUGUGAUGGGGCUCCCGAUGUAACUGGCCUCCAUGAUGUGGAUGAGUACAUGCAGGCCCAGCUCCUUCUAGCUGCUCUGAACAUUGCUACACACGUUUUGAAACCAGGGGGCUGCUUUGUUGCCAAGAUAUUCCGAGGCCGUGAUGUGACACUGAUCUAUAGCCAGCUGCGGGUCUUCUUCUCCAAUGUGGUGUGUGCCAAGCCCAGGAGCAGCCGUAACUCCAGCAUUGAGGCCUUCGCUGUCUGUCAAGGUUAUGACCCUCCUGAGGGCUUCAUACCAGACCUGACCAAACCCCUGCUAGACCACUCUUACGACCCAGAUUUCAACCAGCUGGAUGGCCCCACCCGCAUCAUUGUGCCAUUUGUGACCUGUGGGGACCUGAGCGCCUAUGAUUCUGAUCGCAGUUACCCACUAGAUCUAGAGGACGGAUCAGAGUACAAGUACACUCCGCCCACACAGCCCCCCAUCUCUCCACCAUACCAAGAGGCCUGCACGCUGAAGAAGAAGGGACGGCUGGCCAAGGAGAUUCGUCCCCAGGAGACCCCUAUCAGCAUAGUGGACGUCUUGCCCCAACCCCUGGCCAUCCCACCACGUCACACCCUGCUGGCCUCUGAGGUCUGGAAACAUGGCCAGGGCCCUCAGUGCCCUUUCUGUGAACCCACAGUGACCCCCUCCCAAUGUGCCUCUUUCUACCCCCAAAUCCUAUGGUUUUGGGGGCCAAAAUUCUCUUCCUUACCUCCCAAUAGCUAUAGAACACAAUGGGUAAAACCAACCAUAAUAAACAGAAAAGCUCAGCCAAGUAUCUGAGUCCCUUUUAUUUUUCUUGGGUAGGUGGAAGACAGUGAUAUGAAUUGUUCACCUUAACACGUUAAGGUAAGUUUGCCUUUUAUCUAAGAGCAUGAGUAAAGGGCACCUUUAAGAAAAAGCUCAGAUAUGACAACUGAUAACAAGAUUUCAGUCAACAAACCUUUAUUAAGCACCUGUUGUUGUAUGCCAGGAACUGCUUUAAGCAUUUUAUAUAUUCAGGCAUUCAGUAAACACUUAUUUAGCACAUAUUAUGUGCCAGGCAUUCUAGGUUUGAAGAUAUGAACAUACAGCAGGGAACAAAACAAAUAUCCUUGCCUUCAUGGAACUUCUAGUUUGGGAAAGAGGUAAAAAAACAAUAAGACAUUCUCUGAAUGCAAGAGUUUAUACACUAUUAUAGCUAUCUCUAGCUGCCUAGAGUUUGCAUUUCACUAUAUCUAUCUAUUUCACUAUAUAUAGCUUGCAUGAUGAUAGAUAAUAUGUAAAGGUAAUAAAGAAUAUGAAAAGUAGAAGUAAAGCAGAGUAAAGAGGUGGUGGUUUGCAGUAAGGGUGGUCAUGGAAGGCCUCAUUGAGAAGGUAAUGUUUGAGCAAAGACCUGAAGGAGAUGAGGGAGAGAAUCCAUGUGUUUCGAGGAAGAACGUCCAGGUAGUGGAAAUAGCAAAUGCAAAGGCCCUGAGAUGAAACUGUGCCUGGAGUGUUUAAGGAACAGCUAGGAGGCCAGCUGACCUGUAGCAAAGUGGGCUAAUCUGUUAGUACUGGAGGAAUUCUCAGCCUCAGGAUGUAAUGGAUCCCUUUCUGACAACGGCUUACAGGUUAUUCAGACUAAGUUUUUCAUUAAAAAAAAAGACACCUUUAAAAGAGUGAAAUGGCACAUCACAGUGGGAAAAGGUAUUUAUAAUCACUAUGUAUAGUAUCCUUAAUAUUAAAAAGCUACAGAUUAGUAAAAGAAGUAAUAAGAAUGGCAAAUAAGUACAUGAAAAGAUGCUCAGCAGGGGAAUGCGAGCUAAAACUAAAAAGAUUGAUGAUAAUAAGUGUUUGGAAGGAUAUGGAACAAUUGGAACCCUCAUGUAUUGAUGGUGGGAGUGUAAAAUGGUGUGGCCGCUGUGGAAAACUGUUAGGCCUUAUCUACUAAUGUGGCAUAUAUACAGUUCCACUCCUAAGAAAUAAGUACUAGAAUGUUUAUAGCAGCACUAUAUGUAGUACCCCCAAACUUGAAACAACCCAGGCAUCCAUCACCUGUAGAAUGGGUAAUUAAAUCAUGCUAUAUUCACAAUGGAGAACUACACAGCUAUGACAAUGAACAUUGUACAGUUACACAAAAUAACACAGAUGCACUGUUCACCUUAAGAGUUACUCCUUAAACUUAACAUAUAUGUUUUAUGCAUUAAUGCAUUAUGUUUUUAUGUAAUAAAAGUGGGGGGGGACUUACAAAAAUAUUAGUAGCUUAGUGAACAAUGAUUAUAGUAGAAGAAAGUGGGAAAAGAUGUUUUUGUUUAAAACUUUCUUUUUCUUUGACCUUCAAUUUGCUGGCAAGCUGAUUCAACUCAGAAGCUGUUCGCUGUCAGGAGAGCCAGAACUUGCAUUGAUGAACUUGUUUUCAAAUAUCAUCAUCUCAUCAACAGGGCCUGAACAUUCAAGCCCCAGGUGGGAAUCUGCAACAGCCACGUAAACAACAAAGAAACAUUGCAAAAUGUCUGCAAUGCAGUGGAAAUUCUAGAGUGAGGUCUUGCCUCUUCUCUAGGUGAACCUUUCCAGGGGUGUCCUAAUUAUGUCCAGAAUUUAUCCCUAAAGCAGGGGUUCUUAACCUGGAUCGAAGUCAGGGGUAUCCAUGAACUUGAUGGAGGAAAAUAUUACAUCUUUAUUUUCAUUAAUAUAACUGAAAUUUCAUUCCACUCCCAAUUAUGAAUGCUGGCAAUAAAUCGCAGUAGUAAAAGCAGUACCUGCAACUUUUUCACCAAUACAAAUGAGUUAUUUUUUAUGUUACAUUACAGUUGUUGCAGGUAUCUUGCAAUGUUCUCCACAUCCGUUACUACUAUGAAUAUGGUAGCUCUUGUUAUUUGAUGUACUAAUAAAGAAGUCCGUAUAUUACUAUAUCCCAAUUUUGUUUCAUUUUAAUAUAUAUAGUGAUAACUAUUCCAAUUUAAUUGGUUUCCACUGUAAUCCUGAAUGUGUGUGUAUAUGUACGUGCAUGCCCUUUUAAAAAUAUUCUGUGAAGGAGUCCACAGAUUUCACCAAACAUCAAAGGGUUUCCAGAACAAAUUUUUUAGGUUAAGAAUCCCUCUCAAAGAAAUGUCAGAAUGUCUGCCUUGACUGCAGUCCUGAAUUUCUACAAUUCAGCGAACAAAAGCUGACAGAAACUCACCGGCUACAAGGACAAAACCAUUUUCUGCAGCUUAAUCCCAUAUCUUUAGAAAUGUACAUUCUGUUACCCAAACACUGUCCACACCCAAGUCUGUGUGACCCAAGGAACAUCUACACCCCAGUCUAUGUUACGUCAGGAGUAUCCAAAUCCCAAGCUAUGACCACAGAGGUGUCCACAGCUUAGUCUGUGACAUUCCAGGAAUAUCUGUGCCCCAGUCCAGUGACCUAAGGAGCAUCCACACCCUAGUUUGUGUGAUCCCUAGGAGGGUCCAUAACCAAGUCAGUGUGACCCCCAGGAAGAUGGAUGUCUGGAGGAAGAGCGUCCCUGGCAAAGGGAACAAACAGCCAGUACAAAAGCGUUGAGGUAGAAGCAUGCUUGGCAUAUGUAAAUAACAGGUGUCCAGUGGGGCUGGAGUAGAGUACAUGAGGGGGAGAGUGGUAGGAUGUGAGGCCAGAAAAGUGAUGAGAACCAGCUUCUGUAGGACCUCAUGGGCCUCGGUGAGGACUCUGGCUUUUUCUCUGAGUGAGAUGGGAACUCAGAAAAAUCCAUGAAGGUUCUCAGCAGAGCAGGAAUGCGCCUGACUUGGGUUGCAACAGGAUCCCUGUGGCUGCUGUAAGCAGGCUGACUGAAGCUCCUGAAUGUCA